AUGAACAAGAUCAUUUUGGCUAUGUUGAUGCUAACUCUGGUAAUGGCUAGUACAACAAGUCGAAGAAGCUUGUGCUCAACUUGUGAGUACGUAUUUGGUUACAUCAGGGAUCACUGUGUUGACAUUGCCAAUAUUACCGAGAAGAUUUUGGAAGAGAAGAUUGAGGUAGGUGACUACCGUAGGUCCCUAUACUUACACAUACAAGGCUAGACAAGCUUUUUUAAUGUAAAAACUGGGCAUGCCUUUUCAAGUUUAAAAAAUUUACAUGCCUCAGAAAAAAUUUUUUACCACCCCAUAAAAAAUUUUACCCUUUCCUACUUAAAAAAGCUUUUUACCACACUCUAAAAAAAUUACUCCCCCUCCCUCGUCUCAAAAAUUUUUCAACACUUUUUCAAAAAUUUUAGACUCUUUCCUUCCUCCUCUUUAACAAAAAUUGUUUUACCACCACCAAAAAAAAUUUUACCCCUCCCUCUUCAAAAAAAUUUUUAAUUAUUGCCUAAAAAAUGUUUUAACAUACCCGUGCUGAAAAUUUUUAUCCCCCCCCCCUCUCUUUCACAAAAAUUUAAACUUUUUCUUCUCUUCAAAAACAUUUUGUACCACUCCCUAUAAAAUUUUAGCCCCCCCCCUUUUUUUUUAAAUUUUUUUACCCUGCCCUCAAUUUUUUUUGCUUUUCCUCCCUUCGCACCCCUUCUCAUACAAAAAUUUCUUCUACCACCCACCCCUCUAAAAAAAUCCCCCCCCUCCUUUCUGCCAUUGUCACCCCUUUCUAACCUAAAAUUGGCCAAGUCGGAUCUGCUUAUAAUUAUACCUAAACCAAUGCCUUAUACUCUAUUUCAGGCCGCUUGUGAACAAGUUGUAGACAAAUCCAUUUGCCAGUAUGUGGAACAGAUAGCCAAAAAGGAAAUUGAACAUCUCUUUGACAUUAUCGUGAACCAAGAGAAAGCCAUCGUUCCGGAAACCUUGUGCAAACAUCUACGCUUGUGUCAGUGA